GUCAGUGACGUCAGCGCCGUCAGUGCGUCGUGGAGCUCGUGUGUGUGUGUGUGUCUGUGUAUGAGUGUGUGUCCUUGGGCUUUAUUAAACUACAGAAUCAUAUUUAUAAAGGAUGGGUUUCGUGUUGUCCAAAGGCAUGGAGCAGAACUUCCAGAAGCAGCAGGAGUUUAUGCUGCUGAACGCACGGCUGCAGCUGGAGCGUCAGCUGGCGAUGCAGAAUCAGAUGCGUGAGCGUCAGAUGGCGAUGCAGCUCGCCUGGUCCAGAGAGUUCCUCAAGUACUUCGGUUCCUUCUUCGGUUUGGCCACACUGGGGCUCACUGUCGGCGCUGUUAAGAAGAGGAAACCUGCUCUUCUGGCUCCUGUGAUUCCUCUCAGCUUUAUCCUGGUGUAUCAGAUGGACGCGGCGUACGGGACCAUGCUGCAGCGCAUGCGAGCUGAGGCAGAGAGCAUCAUGGUGUCGGAGUGUGAGCGUCUGGAUGUUCCUCAUGGGAUGCCCACUUUCGAGAGCAUCGAGAAAUCACGCAGAGCCAAAGCCCACCUCACCACACUGACGGAGAAAUGAACAACACACACACACACACACACACUCUGACGGAGAAAUAAACAACACACACACACACACACACACACACUCUGACGGAGAAAUAAACAACACACACACACACACACACACUGACGGAGAAAUGAACAAAACACACACACACACUGACAGAGAAAUGAAGAGAAACACGCACACACACUGACACGAUAAAUAUAACACACACACACACACACCAGGUGAUAAACACACACAAAAUACCCGAUAACCUCAUUAUUUGUGUGUGUGUGCGUGCGCGUGUGUGCUGAUUCUCAGGUGUUUGUUCUUGAUUAUUGUCUGAUUAUUGAUAGUGUAAUGUCCGGCAGAUCCUCAUGUAAGUGUUCAGGUGUAAAGCGUGUCCUGAUGAAGUGAUGAGUAAAUCAUCUGUGUGUCGUCA